AUGUACCGCUGCGUACGCAUCACUUCACCAGAUGACUAUCUUCAGUGCAUACUUUGGAGGGAAAACCCGAUGGAAGAUGUUAAGACCUACAAAUUGGAGACUGUCACUUAUGGAACACGACCAGCAUCAUUCUUAGCUAUUAGAGCUAUGCACCAGCUGGCUAACGAUGAAGCCGAAUCUUACCCCCUUGGUGCUCAGAUAGUACUGCGGGAUUUUUAUGUUGAUGACAUGAUCACUGGAUCCGAUACUGCUGAGGAGGCAAUUGAAAUAAUGGGGCAAACUUCGCAGCUACUUGCAAAGGGUAACUUCAAAAUACGAAAGUGGUGCUCCAAUGAUCAAGCUAAACCAACAAAAAUAACGAAACGCUCUGCACUUUCCAUUAUUGCCCGUUUGUAUGAUCCGCUCGGCUUAGUCGGCCCAUUUGUAUUAAAGGCAAAAAUAUUUCUUCAGCGUCUAUGGAUGGAAAAACUUGACUGGGACGAAAGUUUACCGAUGUCUCAUGAAACAAGUUGGGAAAACCUAUGCAGCCAAUUCAACGAUGUCAAACAUUUGACAUUUCCCCGCUUCAUCGCUAAAAGGAAUGCAUCGUUGGAACUUCAUGCCUUUUGUGACGCCAGUUUGUCUGCAUAUAGUACGUGUGUUUACAUACGUGCUAGCAAUGGUAAGAGCGUAUGCAUAAAUCUGCUUUGCUCAAAGUCGCGAGUUGCUCCGAUUAAAUCUCUCACUGUGCCAAAGCUCGAGCUGUGUGCUGCCUAUUUGCUUGCUCAGUUAGUGCACUCCAUCGCUCAACUUAAUAUCUUCAGCUGUAUGUUUUAUUGUUGGUCAGACUCCAGUAUUGUGCUCUCAUGGUUGAAGGAGGACUCAUCCCGGUUCAACGUAUUCGUAGCUAAUCGCAUUAACAAUAUUCAAAAUCUCACAGAUGGUAUGGAGUGGCGUUAUGUCCCAACAGCUGUAAACCGUGCUGAUAUACUAUCACGCGGAGCCACACCAACAGAAUUACUAAAUUCUUCGUUGUGGAAACAUGGACCGCCGUUUUUGUCUAAUCCGCACAAUGAGUGGCCUAAAUGCUGCGUUCGAACUCAAGAGCUUCCCGAAAUGCGCAAAACCUUUUUGCUAACUACACGCUCUGCUUCUGAUAUGUCAAUAAACUGCAAAUACGUAAAUUCUUUUGCAUCUAUGCAACGCAUCUACGGUUACGUUUACAAGUUUGUGAAGAAGGAUAUCUCAGGUCAUUUAACACCUAGUCACAUUCAGAAUGGAACAUACUUCUUAAUUCGCAUGAUACAAAUGUUCGUCGCCCUCGUGUAUAUAUCACUGUCCGCUGUCACAGUUCUCGCAGUUACUGCCAUACUCACCGCUGCUCUCAUCACUGUAACCGUCGCUGCUACUCUGGUCACUGCUGCUGCCGUCAUCGCCCGCUGUCGCUGCAAUCCCUACCGCUGGUUCUGUCGCCGCCAGGAAUGA